UUAGUAACACUACAAAUAGCAAUGUUGAGGAGAGGUUCUAUCACCAUAUCUAUGUUGUCAGACUCCACUAUGUUGGUUGGGUGGUGCCGGCCACGGAGGCGGAUUAGAAGGCGGAGAGGUAGCACAAUAUGGCUCGGGAAUAAGCGCCGACGGUUCUGCCUAGGCUCGCGUUCAGUGCUACAAUGGGGGGCAAUGGCUGGUCCUAUUCGGAUGGUAAGGAAAAUCAUUAUGGAGAUGGUACCUAAUGGAAGGUGGAUAGAAGCUUAUAAUUGGUCUUUGCCAAUUUUACGUCCACAAAUAUUUCCCAUGUGUUAAUUGGCAACUGCAAAUUAUUUUGCCUUGUUUUUCAUUUCAACUCAAUAUCUGUAAGGAGAUGCUAUUUCUUGUUUAUAUUGGGUGAUUUAAGAACUUCAAAUGUGGGAAUUCACUUGUUCUGUUAA